AUGGGUCCACAAGUGGGAAUUCGCCGUCGGCCGCUCGACUUGGAUGCAAUUUUCGGUCACACCAUGAUGAGUUUGACGGGGGAACCAGUCACUCCCACAAAAAUUGCCAUUUUCUACCUGAUUCGCACACUUUUCCACACACACUUCGGAGUUCGAGCAGUUCCGAGCUUGAAACCGUUCAACGCAAAGGAAAAGCAAAAGUACGAAUUUUCCCGCUAGCGGAGCUCUCCAAACUGCACAUUUUCAGAGUCUUCACAAUAGUAUACGGUCUUAUUUUUCUCAAAUCGGAAAUUUCAUACGAUGACUUUCGAAAUUGCGUCAGAAUUCUCCAAAAUGAGCUCGGCCGUUCGAUUUACUACACUUUUGUGUCACAUAUGGAGAAAUUGGCACGCGGAGAGGAGGCACUUGACUUGCUUUUUGAGAAUGCGUUCUACACGAACAGAAGGCCUUUGCACGAGAAAGUUUCAAAGGCGGAUCCGGAUCACGAUGUGAUUGACUUCAUGAGCAACAAGUCCUAUCUGUACAUUUGGAUUAAAAGAGUCAUGAUCCAAUAUUCACGGACUUCGCAAAGAGGUCAAUUCGAGUAUGUUCAGGACCUGCAGAAAUGGCUGACUCUCGGAAAUCAACCUGUUAGGCAAGUUCUUCUUCAGUUAUCUGCCUAUCCCUUUCAUUCGUCCAUUUCAGUCGAUUCGGUCUCGACGUGGUCCUUCCGCUCGAGAUCAACUGCUCCGUUCGGGCCCGCAGUUGGAUCACUGUCCAGCUGAAACUCGUGCAGAUGGCUCCGUCGAAGGCAAUGCCUUAUAAUCAGUUGAUCGAUUGGUGCCGCCUGAUUUUCAAACAUCACCCGGACGUCUACAACGCCCAUCUUCUGGAGUCCGUCGUCCGAAUUCAACAGAAGAAUUCUCCCGGCGCCAUCAAGGCUCUCAAGCUGUUCUUCGAACUGAGCAUGCUCCAAUUGACACAGAACGCCGUCGUCGCAUUGAGAACCGGCCGACUGACGGCUAGAACGAAGCUUUCCCUCAAAUACGGGCCGAUCUUACAGGGAAGAGUGCACAGACUGUUCGGGGAUCACCAAUUCGCUGGAAUACUCUUCGGCGAGGCCAUACAACAAGCCCAACUGGACUCGGAUGACAUGUGCAAUCGUGUGGCCAAUCUGGAAUUGACGACCAACGAGAUUCUGUUGAGCGGACCCAUUCAGGAGAAACCGUACAAGAAACGUAUUUACACCUAGGCUAAAUGAAUGAAACACGCUUCUCAUUAUUCAGAAGACGUGGAAGAUGGUGCUGGUGACCGUAGAGUACUCCAACGGACAAUCCACGUGGCCGCCGAUUUGGACCGUCCGAAUAUUGAGUCAAUGAAGGAAAAUUUUGAAGAAGCGUACGAAAUGCACACUUUCCAACUGUCGGUUUCCAAGUUACUGCUGGCAAUUGAGGAUAUGAUGAAUGGGAAGUACUUGAAGUGCGUCGAAAGUUUGUCUGUACUCUUCAGAACUGAUAAUAAAUGCUCAGAUUUUAUCGCACGGCGGACUAUGUCUCCGUUGGUCUCCAUCGCCUCCGUCUUCUCUUUGAUAGCAACAACAAAGCGAGACAGAUCGAGGAUUACGCGACUGCCAUCAUGAGCAGCGGUCUGAUCCAGAGCGGAAUGUACAAUCAGGCGAAACGAGUGACCCGAACGAUGAUGGUCAACAAUGUCGAGGCGCCGUGCACUCCUCGUCUCGAAACCGAAGCGCACGCUGUCGGCGGAGUCAAUUUCGUGUAUUCUCUGGCCGCCGAGGGCGAUUACGAAAAGGCGUUCAAGGUGCUUGCGAACCUCGAGCAGAUCUUCCCCGAUACUCUCAAUUGGAUGUGCGCUCGUCACGUCAGAAUCUGCUCGGCCAUCGUCAACUUUGAAAAAGAUUUCCUCCUCCAUCGAUACGCUGCCUGCUUUUCCCAUUUGACAAGUCUCGAAACGACGGCCCCGCUGGAAUAUACUCUUCGAAAGGCUUUACUGCUGUCUGCCACCGGAAAACAGGUCGAGGCGGCGCGGAUUCUGAAGGAGUACAAGUGCGGAGGAGUGCGCGGGAAGUUCCGAAUCCACAUGCAACUGGCGACGAUCCACACUGCUCACGGCCGGUUCGACACUUCCGUCGGGCAUCUGGAGGAGGCCGCAAAGAUCGCAGUGGGCACCUCGUUCCGGGAUGCGAACAUGCUCGUGACGCGGAGAGUCGGCAGUAUGCUGCUCGCCAAGCGCGUUCCAAUCGAUGCAUAUCAGGCACUCGUAGUUCUGAAUACCAAAGUGGAAAACUUUGGAUCGUUCAUCGAAAAGGCCAUUUAUUACGCACUUAUGGCGAGAAGUCGACGCGAACUGGGCCGAGGUAAUCAAUGAAACAUUCCUUCGGCUGUCUACGUCUCUUCUCUGUUUGCAGACCCCCGUUCCGAACUGAAAAAGUGUAAAUCGCUCAUUUCUGGAGGAAAAUGGCCGGCGAUGGAAAAACUCAUUUUGACGGAGCUCGCGCACAUCCACUCGCCCGAAGGACUGUUCCCCGAUGAACAAAAGUUGGCGUGGGCGAAGGAGCGGUUCGGAAGGAUCGAGACGGAUUAUCCCGGGCCUUGCACGUGGCUGUUCAUCUGA